AAGAAAAUUUUCUAUGAGGUAAUCGCUGUGCGUAAAACAAGUAAAUACCAAGUAGGGUAGAUAAAAGACGGGUUAAUAAAUUGUGUGGACGUUUAAUUUUAUGCAGUUUAAUUCUAACUGCUUCAGUAUGAAGUUCGCCCUUCUAAAUUUCAUUAUAAUCAUAAGUAUUUAUUUCACUCCAACUUAUAGUUCACGUACACCAGAUAAUCGAUAUAAUGCUACAGUAGUAGCUGAUGAAAUAAUCAAGUGGGUAAAGACUGGAAGACAAACACCAAAAUUCAAAAAAAUUAUCAAUGACUUGGCUCUUCCUUCAAGCUACCAAAGAGCCGAUUGGUCUGUUGCUGAUGGAUUUGCAUCUACAAUUCUUUGUACAGUUUGCAAAUCUUUUACUAAAGUUAUCAUAAAUCUUAGACGAACUGGUACAUCACCAGAAGUGAUUGAAAGAUCUAUAGCUAAACUUUGUACUCUUUUCAAUUUACAAACAAAAGAAGUUUGUGAUGGAGUCGUAAAAAUCAAUACACCAAUAAUUCUUUACAUUGUUGACAAUGAUUCGACAAUAGAUGAGAAUGCAGUUUGUGGACUUGUUUUGCAAAAUCAACCAUGCUGUCAACCACCAAGUAGAUAUCAAUGGACUCUUGAUAUUGAUGAUAAUCCACCUCAACUAAUAAAUGUUCAAUCUUCAAAAGGUGAUACUAUAAAGAUUCUUCAAAUAACAGAUAUUCAUUAUGAUCCUCUCUAUGAGCCAAAUGGUAAUGCUGGAUGUAAAGAACCCACAUGUUGUCGGCAAGGCCAAAAUAAUACAAGAAGAAUCACUAAGCUUGCUGGAUUUUGGGGAGACUUUAAUAACUGUGAUUCUCCUUGGCACGCAGUUGUUGAUGCUCUAGAUCAUUUGAAAAAUUAUCAAAGUGAUAUUGACUAUGUUUAUUUUACUGGUGAUAUAAUCGAUCAUGGAGUGUGGGCGACAAGUAAAGAAGGAAAUACCGAGAGUUUAUUAAAAAGUUUUCGGAAAAUUAAAGAUACAUUUGGUGAUGUACCAGUAUAUCCAAUCUUUGGAAAUCAUGAACCUCAUCCUUUAAAUCAAUUUGCGCCUGAUUAUAUUGAAGAUGACAGCUUAUCAACACGUUGGCUGUACGAAUUAAUGGCAAAUACUUGGAUAGAUGCUGGCUGGUUGCCAGAGUCAACAAAAGAAACUAUUUUACGAGGUGGAUUUUAUACUUUAUCGCCGACCAAAGGCUUCCGGAUAAUUGCUAUCAAUAAUAAUAUUUGUUACAUCUAUAAUUGGUGGCUUAUUUAUGACGCAAAAGAUCCAAGUGGACACUUGAAAUGGUUGGAAAAAACUCUUUUAGAAGCUGAACAAAAUCAAGAAUUUGUACAUAUUUUAGGUCAUAUUCCAGCAGGGGCCAGCCAAUGUCAACAUACAUGGAGUCGUGAAUACAGAAGAAUUAUUAGCAGAUUUUCUCAUAUAAUUACUGCUCAGUUUAAUGGACAUACUCAUAAUGAUGAAUUUAAUGUCUUUUACGAUCCUCAAGAUAUCAAUAAAAUCAUCAAUAUUGCUUGGAAUGGUGGUAGCAUAACUCCUUAUUCCAAUCUUAAUCCAAACUAUAAAGUCUACGUAGCAGAUGCCAACACUUACGCAAUAGAAGAGAUUGACAUGUGGAUUUACAAUCUGACUGACGCCAAUUUAACUCCUCAAAAACGUCCUAAUUGGUAUAAAUUAUACUCUUUUAAAGAAGAGUAUGGUUUGAAUGAUUUAUCAUUUGAAAGUUUGCAUCAGUUAAUUGUUGGCAUGGCUAAAGGUUCAUCAGCAUUAGAAACAUAUCAUAAGAAUUUUUUCAAACAUGCAGCACCGGAAUUAGAUAAAGGAUGUGACAAAUUAUGUCUUGAUGCAUAUGUUUGUAGGAUUGUUUCGAGCUCCAGCAAUGAAAAAAAAGAAUGCCAAUACUUUCAACAGUUACAAUGAUCUUAUAAUUUGUAUAAUACAUUAAAUUGGAAAAAAAUUAACUUAUUUUAUUUACAAAAUUAUAGUUAUAAUCUGUACAUGUUUUCUACUAAAAUAUUAUUGUUGAACAGGUUUCAUAUAAUCAAGCCAUUGUA